UUCUGCCGGAACAAGAAUGUCAGUCAUCUCACUUGGUCGUCGUCUCCAAAGCUUCGUCGCUGACUGCCUCACAUCCGUCCGUCGCCGCGUCGCCUCGCCUCAGUCAGUCGCCUAUUCGUCUCUUCUCCGUCCGCUGCCGCUCGAUUCGUCUUCGGCCGCCCUCGCUUGAUUCGCCUCCGUCCACUGUCGCGACCGUUGUCGAGACUCCUUCCAUCGCAGUGUCAUCUCGCCUCCGCCCGCUGCCACGUCGCCUUGCAUCCAUCGUUGCCACGGCGAGUCUCGUCCAUGGCCAAAGUCUGUGCAAUUCUCUGUGUGUGU